CCUCUCUAUCCCUCCCCCCUUUUCUUUUCUGUUUCUGCUUUUGCAGAAAGCAUGCAAACUUAGGUUAUUUCAUCAUAUUUUGGUUGUAAACGAACGUGCUUUCAGAACGUUCUGCACCUAAAAUGCUGCGGACGUUCAAGAUAGACAAACCAUUAUGGGUACUCUCUAAAUUCAAAAGGAACAUUGAUAAAACUCCAUCAUUAUGCAUGUCCAGCAAUACCAAGUUUUCCAAGCACGCCACCCUAGAAAAAAUCAGAAAUAUUGGCAUAUCAGCCCACAUUGACUCUGGAAAGACAACUUUGACUGAACGAAUUUUAUUUUAUACUGGUCGUAUUGCGCAAAUGCAUGAGGUCAAAGGAAAAGAUAAUGUCGGAGCUGUGAUGGACUCUAUGGAACUGGAAAGACAACGUGGUAUAACCAUUCAAUCUGCAGCAACAUACACACGGUGGAAAGACCACAACAUUAAUAUAAUUGAUACGCCAGGCCACGUUGACUUUACAGUUGAGGUUGAGAGAGCUUUGAGGGUACUUGAUGGUGCCAUUUUAGUACUUUGUGCUGUUGGGGGUGUUCAGAGCCAAACAUUAACUGUCAACCGCCAAAUGAAAAGAUAUAACGUCCCAUGUAUUGGGUUCAUUAACAAAUUAGAUCGUAUGGGGGCAGAUCCUCUACAUGUUUUGAAUCAAUUGAGGUCUAAGUUACAGCACAAUGCUGCUUUUCUGCAACUGCCUAUUGGUGCAGAGGGUGAAACCAAAGGAAUCAUUGAUUUAAUUCAAAAUAAAGCUUUGUAUUUUGAAGGCCAAUUUGGAGAAACUGUGAGAGAAGAUGAAAUUCCGGCUGAUCUUCGCAGUAUGUCUGAAGAAUUCAGACAGGAAUUAAUUGAACAUGUGUCCAACGUUGAUGAAAAAUUAGGAGAAAUGUUUUUGGAGGAGAAAAAGCCAUCAGAAGAAGAUAUUAAACAAGCUAUUAGAAGAUCUUGUCUGAAAAGAAUUUUCACUCCAGUAUUAGUUGGUACAGCUCUGAAAAACAAGGGAGUGCAACCUCUUCUGGAUGCUGUGCUUGAUUAUUUGCCUAAUCCUGGUGAAGUUGAAAAUCUUGCUUUUCUUCAAAAGGAAGUGAAGAAGAAGGAUGAAACACCAGAAACAGUUAAAGUUGUUUUAAGCCCUGAGCGUAGUGACAAAAACCCCUUUGUUGCUCUUGCAUUUAAACUUGAAGCUGGCAAAUUUGGACAAUUGACGUACAUGCGGUGCUACCAAGGAAAGCUUACGAAGGGUGAAACAAUCUACAAUGUCCGAAGUGCAAAGCGGGUCCGUGUCUCACGCUUGGUUCGAUUGCAUUCAAGUGAGAUGGAAGAAGUUAAUGAAGUUUUUGCUGGAGAUAUUUUUGCCCUCUUCGGUGUUGAUUGCGCAAGUGGAGACACAUUUGUUGUAGACAGCAAAUUGAAAAUGUCCAUGGAAUCAAUGCAUGUACCAGACCCUGUUAUUUCCAUGUCCAUCAAAGCAGCCUCUUCUACUCUCACAGACCAAAUGUCAAAGGCUAUUUCCCGAUUCACUAAAGAGGAUCCUACUUUCCAUUAUAGUUAUGAUGUUGACAAUAAGGAAUCAAUUGUUUCGGGAAUGGGUGAGCUUCACUUAGAAAUUUAUGCCCAGAGAAUGGAACGUGAGUACAACUGCCCAGUUAUCUUGGGUAAGCCUAAAGUAUCCUUUAGAGAGACAUUAGUAGCCCCAUAUGAAUUUGAUUACUUGCACAAAAGACAAAGUGGAGGUGCUGGUCAGUAUGCCAAGGUGAUUGGUUGGUUAGAGCCACUUCCACCAGAAAAAAAUACACUGAUAGAAUUUGUGGAUGAGACUACUGGCACUAAUGUUCCAAAACAAUUUAUUCCUGGUAUCCAGAAGGGUUUGCAUGAAGCUGCUCAAAAAGGACCAUUGACUGGACAUCAGUUGUCUGGUAUAAAAAUGCGUUUGCUUGAUGGUGCACAUCAUAUUGUGGACUCAAGUGAAUAUGCGUUUAAUCUUGCAGCACAGGGGGCUCUCCAGGAUGCUUUUGAAUUAGGUUCCUGGAAGCUGUUGGAACCUAUCAUGAGUGUAGAAGUGUCCUUACCUAUUGAAUUCCAAGGAGCAAUAAUGGGCAUUGUUUCCAGAAGGAAAGGAAUUGUUGCAGGAAGUGAGGGAAAGGAAGGUUGGAUAACCCUUCAAGCAGAGGUUCCUUUAAAUAACAUGUUUGGAUUUGUUGGGGAACUAAGGUCUUUAACUCAAGGCAAAGGAGAAUACAGUAUGGAAUAUUCACGUUAUUCGCCAGUUGAACCUGAGGUUGAAGAGCAGUUAGUCCGAGAGUACCAAAUUAAAAUGGGAUUAAUAUCAGAAAAGGAUUUAGCUAAAGAAAAAGCAAAGAAAAAGGGCAGAAAGUGAAGGAAGUUAAUUUAGAGGAACUUAUCUGUGUCAAAACCUUAAGUCUGCAGCGCUAAAACAUCUUGUUUAAAGCUAUUAAUGGACUUUCUCUUGUGAGUUAGUUCUAUAACUGACUACAUUAGAGUUAAAAUAAUUCGCCAGAAGGCAGAAAACUACCAAAAAACUGUGAUUUAUACCAGUAAGGAGUGUUGUCAACUGUAAUAUUAAACAUCCUGAUCUACA